CAGGCAUACUUUGAAAGAAAACUGUCCUCCACCUUGGGUGGAGCACUACAAAUCCCUCGGAGGAACAGACAGCUACAGUGCAGGACUUUUAGGAGCCUGGCUGACCAAGUUACCUCUGCCAAAUAUCAAUGGCUUCCUUUCUGCGUUCUGCUGCUCGAUGACAUAUGUUAUAUUUGGGACUUCGCAUCAUAUCUCAAUUGGCUCAUUCAGCAUCCUAAAUGUGGUGGUGACAAACAUUCUGCAGACUCUUAAUUUCAACCAAACAUUGUCCUCUAAUGGCUCACAGGACAACUUCUCAGACCCUACGUUUAUGAAGGAUUACAUGGAGGCCUUGACACUUACCGCAUCAAUAACAUUUUUGACUGGCAUCAUUCAGUUGCUGCUGGGCUGCUUUUGCCUGGGGUUUGUAACAACAUACGUGCCAAAGACUCUCAGUGAUGCUUACCUCGCUGCAGCAGCAUUGCAUGUCAUUGUGUCACAGUUUACCUUUAUUUUUGACAUAAUGCUUGACUUCCAUAAGGGACCCCUGGACAUUUUCUAUAAUCUAUUUCAUUUCUUCCUGGCUCUCCCAAAGGCUAACGCCACCAGCAUAUUGCUAUUUUUGCUUAGUAUGGCCGCACUACGACUCAAUACAUCUAUCAUAAUAACUUAUAAACAUAGUCCUAUUGCAUUUCCUAUGGAACUUCUCUUGAUUGUCACAGUCACCAUUAUUUCUAAUCACAUUCAUUUUCACGCUGAAUCCAGCAGUGCUGUGGUCAGUAUGAUUCCUCAGAGGUUUCUGCCUCCUACACUGCCAGAUUUCUCAAACCUGAGCAAGAUCAUACUGCAUGCCUUCUCCCUUGCUAUUGUAAGCUAUUUCCUUCUUGUUUUUGUUGGGGAGAGGUAUGCUUCACUUCACAACUACAAUAUUGCCAGCAAUCAGGAGCUGAUAGCUGUGGGGCUAUGCAAUAUUUGCAGCUCAUUUUUCAAAAGCCGUGUUGUCAGCUGUGCUAUUUCUGGAACUGUCAUUCAAGACAAGACAGGUGGAAGAACACAGUUAGCAGCAGCGAUUGGAGCAUCUAUGAUGCUGGUGAUUGCGCUGAAACUAGGACACUUUUUCCGGAUGAUACCUAAUGGUAUUCUGGCUGCUAUUGUGGUAUUUAACGUGCUCCCUUUUCUUGAAAAAUUUCUGGACAUCCCCAUCCUGUGGAGACGGGACAAGUAUCAUUUUGUUAUUUGGCUUGCAACUUUUGCUGCAGUGCUUUGUUUUGGUCUUGAUGUCGGUUUAGCGAUCGCCAUGGGAUUUACGUUCUUCAUAAUCACCAUUAGGUCACACAGAAUGAAGAUGGUGGUGCUGGGACAGAUUCCAAACAUGAAUAUUUAUAGAAGUUUAUCCAUCUACAGAGCUGCAAGGGAGAUUGAAGGUAUCAAAAUCUUCCAGUGCUGUUCUUCCAUCUCUUUCGCAAACAUGAAUAAUUUCAAAACCUAUUUAUUGCACAAGAUGGACAUGAAAGCAGUGCCUCUAGAUGAAAGUGAAAUGCGGGCUUUAAUUUCACUUAGUCUUUCUGACGUUGCAGAGGAAAGAAAAGAUCUUAAAUGCUCUUGUGUCUGUGAGCGACCUCCACCACCACCUAGGAUACCAUAUACAGAGAAACUGGUGAAGCGACAUCACGCAGACAGCGAUUCCUCCUCAUCUUCAGUUAAUUUGGUACAUUGGUCUCAGUAUGGAGACAAACUCAGCUCUCGGACGCUGUUGGUGGGAGCAGCCGAAGCGCAGUGUGCAUCCCCAGGCUUUAACAUGGGGCUUACAACUGAAAAGAACGAGGAUGAAGGGCGAAGAGCUUGCCUUUCAGCAGGCUCUGCAAUAGAUAAUUCCUCAGUGCAGUUAGAUAAGGAAGAACAGCCGAUGCAUUUGCCAUGUCCAGUUCACACCGUUAUUUUAGACUUCAGCAUGGUGCAAUUUGUGGAUUUGAUAGGUUCAGAGUUACUGCGACAGAUCAUCCAUAUGUUUCACAAUAUUGGCAUUGCAGUCCUUAUAGCUGCCUGUCACUCCUCUGUGAUAGCAGACUUUGAGAAGAAUGAUUUCUUUGACAGCUGUGUCACCAAAGAAAGGUUCUUUCUAACUCUUCAUGAUGCUGUGCUGGCUGCCUUGGGCAAGCAUCGAAAGCCAGAUGAGCAAGAACCUACUGCAGAAGAGUUUGCUGAAGAACCACUAGCUGAACAGCAGAAGGUAGAAUAUUUAGCUUAA